AUGGGUUUGUUUUCUAAAUUUAGAGGUUUGGAAGAGACAAAAUUAUCUCCACUACGUGGUAUCCUGAGCCAGGAUCAGAGCCAGGAUCGGAUCCGAAGCAAAAGCCAGAGCCCGAGCCAUAGUCAUAGUAAUAGUCAUAGUAAUAGUCAUGGUCAUAGCCAGAACCAAACCCGGAACCGGAACACCUUUUUAAGUUUGAGUCCCCUUAGUAGCAAAAGAGGUUCCGUGAGUCAUAGAAGAACCAAUACCACUAAUUCAUAUAGCGAGAGUGAAUUCCUGUCUACCGGCUCCGCCUCAUCGUACACUUCGUCAGACUCAAUAGCCUACCCUCCUAAUCAUCAGCAUAUUCAGCAAAAGAGCUUGAACGGAUUACCAAAGCAAGAGAAAAGGAUUGCACUAGCUCAUAGACUGCCGCAAACGAAACAUCAGGAAUGUACAAAGUCUAACCUUUCUUUGGAAAAUAGUGUACCAGCUGACUCUGCCAAGAACACCCACUUGUCACCAUACCAAAUUUCUGCUGAAGCCGUGGCCACGGUUGACUCUCCAAUUGGCAAGAAUGCUCAAACGCAUACAGAUUACGAAACUACUCAAGUGGGAGUAAUUGAAGCAGAUAUUACUAAUAGCAUUGAAUCGCAUAAUAAACUUAGACAAGCACUGAAAACUCCUCCAACAAAAGAGUCAUCGGGCCCUGUUACGCCUUCAACACCAAUAGGUUUCAAACAAGUUGAUAAAAACUCCACCUUUACUUCCCCGCAACAAAAGAAAUCCAAUACAUCUUCUCCCAUACGUCAAGUACCAACCUUAGAUCCACGCGUUAACGGACCAUCACCCCUGUCUAAACAUUUAGAACAUGUCUCUGCAUUGAAUUCAUCAAGGGUAUCAGAAUCCCCAAUUCCUCAACUUCCUCAACCAAAAGUUGACUUACGCAAAAUGGAGGCUCUGCAAGAGCAACAGCAAAACCAACAGCAAAACCAACAGCAACAAUACAGGUUAUCUACAUUUAUGAACAACCAAUUUGGAUACCAACAACCACCAAUGAUCUACAAAAACCAGCGCGAUUCUUUCUUUGCAGAACCUGUACGUCAUGAGUAUGGAAGAGGGGAAGGAGAGGAUGACGACGAUGAUACGGAAAGCUCUAAUUCAUACUUUGACCCAACACAACACCCACUUUAUGAACAAUGGAGACUAUAUUAUCAAGCAUUAGCCUUUCAGCAGCAACAGCAGCAACAGCAGCAGCAACAGCAGCAACAUCAUCAACACCAUCAACAGCAACAGCAACAACAGCAGCAAUUCCGACAGUCGAUGUUUCUUGGUCAACAGAAUGGGGGUCAGUUUCAACCUAAUCCUAAUUUAAUAAUGCCUUAUGGUCAGGGAUUCCCGAACAUGAUGCAAAUGCCAUUCAUGUUUAAUCCAUAUAUGAUGCAACCUCCACCUCCACCUCCACCUCAUUUUUCAGCUCCUUUUUCCCCUCCGUCUCAGUCACUUGUAUUUGAGCAAAAUGAGGUUGCUAGUCCAAAACAACAACAAAAAAUUUCAAAAACGGGAGUACAACUGGGGUCGCCUGUUUCGAAAACUGCUUCACCUAAAAGCAAAUCAUUUGCUGGUGGUGAUGCGUUUGGGUUAUAUCCUGAUAUUCCCGAAGAAACAAGUGCCAGUACCAGCAACGGUGAAAACAAGGAGGAAGCACCUCGUGAUUACCUUCGAGCAUAUGAACAAACAAGAAAAGGAUUAAACAGACGCGAUAAAGAAAACGAAUUAAUAAUCAAUUCCCGAAGAUCGACUGUGAAGUCGAAUAGAUACUCAUCAGCACCACAUUUAGCAAUGAACCAUGAUAAAAUUAAUCGGAAAUCACGUGUAUCAUCAUUGGAACUGAACUUUAAGCCAAGCAGCUUUAAUGUAUACGACGAGAAUGAUGACGGUGAAGAGAAUGAUGACAUUUCACCAAUAUUGAGUGGUGGUGAUGAUGAAGAAGACGAUGAUGUAGGACCUAUUUUGAAAAUGAGCCGAACAAUGUCGAACUUGGAUUUGAAUAUAUCGAGGCACAUUUCAGAUUAUAACAAAUAUUUAUUUGAGAACGAAGAUGAACAAUGUGAAGCAAAUACUCUUGACAAUAAUACUGAAGGUAGUAACGAGAGUAUUGUUACGGAACAGCCAGAAAUACUAACCACUGACGAUAAACUUGAUACCGGUUUGUUGAACAGGAAGGACACAUCGUCUUCAAAAGCUUCGGAUAAUUCUAUACAAAGUGAAGGAAAAUUCACCGUGGCUCCAAAGAAUAUACUUUCACUGGUGAUAUCGGAAUCCAAUAAUAGCAAUAACAACAAUAAUAAUAAACCAGUGAAGGAUAGAGCGAGAAAACGGAAUCCUCCUAAAUCGAAUGUUGGAUCUCCUUAUUCUCUAUCCUAUCCAAACAUGUCCAUGCCAGAUUUAUCUAUGCAAAUGUCUAUGAAUCCAAUGUUACAGAUGCAAAUGCACAUGCCGAUGAAUCGUAUGAGUAUGAAUCCAAUGACAAUGCCCUAUCAAGUACAGUCCAUGUUCUUCCCAAAUAAUGAAUAUGGUGGUGGUGGUAAUGGUGGCAUGACCAAUCACAUGAAAAGACCAAGUGUAGGUGGAUUUGACACUAGAAAAAUGUAUGACAUGAACAAGCGUAAUAGCAUUCCUGUGUUUAGUAAUGUGCAAUUGCCACCGCAACCAAUGGUUGAACAUCUUGAUCCAGUGACUACUAAGAAAAUUCAGGAGUUUCGUAACUUGAGAGCCGAAAUUGCUGCUGGUAAGAAGACGAUGGAGUAUAGGUUGCUUUGGACAAAAAUGCUUAUCAAUGCAACAAACUUGAAAAUGUAUCAGCAUAUCAACAUAAAGGGAGACUAUGUUUAUUCCAACACUUUGAACAAUAGAGCUGCAUUUAUUAAAUCAGCAACUACACAUAUUCAAAAAAUUAUCAACGAGAUUAAACAGGGGGGCUAUGGUAAUAGCAACGAAAUCAAAGAUGCUCUUAAAUGUAAAGCAUUUUUCAUAUUUGCCUGUUUGUUAAAGAAUGAUUUCUUGGAACCAUAUGGACAAGAUUUUGGUAUCAAAAAGAAUAUCCCACUUGCAAUAGAUUUUUAUGAGCAGGUAUUAAGUAUCAAUCCAAAGGACUCAAGAGUGCUCUACAAAUUAGGAGAAAUCUUUGAAUAUGAAUUUGAAGAUGGAGAGAAAAACGAUUAUGCCGUAGAGUACUACAUGAGAUCAGCUCAGUUUGGGUAUUCCAAGGCUCUGGCGAAAUUGGCCAAGUUUGGCAUCAAUGUUGAAUCCAUAAAAUAG